GGCAGUGAAAACACGCGCUCGCGCGUAGGAUUUAAGCUUAUCUCUCAACAGUCGACACUGAGAGUCCCGCACCUUUGCUUCUGGAAGACAUUUCGUCCUUUCACCAUCACCUCCUCCAUUUCCACUCCAACUCAACUGAUUUUUUUUUCCCUCCUGGUGGAUGGUCUCUCUCAGCGAAAAAGCACGGUCCUUUUUGCUAACUUACGCUGGGAUCACUCUACGCACACUCCACAACCACGCCUCUGCAAUGAGGCUCCGAUCGUCUACGACUCUCGCUCUGCUUCUUCUUCUUCUCUGCUCUUUCGUCGCUGUUCCUACCGGGUCCGCCGAUUCCAACGAGUCGAACUCGGUGGCCGUGGCGGCCAAUGCCGAGUUAAUUAACUCGUCGCGCGGGAGAUCCACCGAGGAGGACAGCUUCGCCGACAUGAUUGAUCGGGCUCUGGAGCGGGAGUUCCCUGAGAAUGAGCGAAAUCAAGCCACGGAUGAUGGUGGCUUCAAUAAUAGCGUUAAUGAACAGCAGGCAGUUCUGGAAACCGUUGCUAGAGUUAAGUCCAAGAAAAAUGACAGCAAGGAGGAGAAGUCAUUUCAGUUUCAGGAUGUUUUCCAUCUGGAUAAUGAGAAUGGAGAAGAAGAUAUGCCAACUUUAAUAGAUCGGAAGGACAAUGUCUUUAUUAUGUCUAAUCGCAAGUCAAAAUAUCCUGUGCUGCAAUUGGACUUGAGAUUGAUUUCGGAUCUGGUAGUUGUCAUUGUCUCUGCAACUUGUGGUGGGAUUGCCUUUGCCUGUGCUGGACAACCAGUUAUUACUGGAUAUUUGCUAGCAGGAUCUGUCAUCGGACCUGGAGGCUUAAGUUUUGUCAGUGAAAUGGUGCAAGUUGAGACAGUGGCUCAGUUUGGGGUGAUCUUUCUUCUUUUUGCUUUGGGCUUGGAAUUCUCGGCUACUAAGCUUCGGGUUGUUCGUAUAGUGGCUGUUCUGGGAGGUCUACUGCAAAUUUUCCUGUUUAUGUGCUUGUGUGGAAUAACAGCCUCAUUAUGCGGUGGGAGACCUUCUGAAGGGGUAUUCGUUGGUGCAUUUCUUUCUAUGUCUUCAACAGCAGUGGUUUUGAAAUUCUUGAUGGAAAGAAAUAGUAUUGGUGCUCUUCAUGGUCAAGUUGUGGUUGGCACUCUUAUACUGCAGGACUGUGCUGUGGGUUUGCUAUUUGCUCUGCUUCCAGUUCUAGGUGGGAGUUCUGGUAUUCUUCAAGGAGUAAUAUCCAUGACUAAAUCGUUGGUGGUGUUGCUUAUAUUUUUGGCCACCUUGUCCAUAUUAUCGCGUACUUGUGUACCAUGGUUCCUUAAGCUUAUGAUAAGCCUAUCUUCUCAGACUAAUGAACUCUAUCAAUUGGCAUCGGUGGCAUUCUGCUUACUUGUCGCUUGGUGUAGUGAUAAGCUGGGUUUAAGCCUUGAACUGGGUUCCUUUGCGGCUGGAGUGAUGAUAUCAACAACUGAUCUUGGUCAGCAUACACUAGAACAAGUUGAGCCCAUUCGUAAUUUCUUUGCUGCUCUUUUUCUCGCCAGCAUUGGGAUGUUAAUACAUGUUCAUUUCCUUUGGAAUCAUGUUGAUAUUUUAUUAGCAGCUGUUAUAUUGGUCAUCAUUAUAAAAACUAUAGUAGUUGCCAGUGUGGUCAAGGGAUUUGGCUACAAUAACAAGACUUGCCUUCUUGUUGGGAUGUCUCUUGCACAAAUUGGAGAAUUUUCUUUUGUUCUUCUGAGCCGUGCUUCUAAUCUUCAUCUGGUUGAGGGUAAAUUAUAUCUGUUGCUUCUAGGCACAACAGCCCUCAGUCUGGUCACUACGCCAUUGCUUUUCAAGAUGAUUCCUGCUGUUGUUCAUCUUGGCGUGUUGUUGCGGUGGUUUUCCCCUGAUAACCCAACUGUGAUUGGAUUUAAAGGAGAAAGCUAUCGCUCAGACAGUGCUAAGCGUAUUGCUAUGAUGGUCCAAGGCUCUCAUGAUUCAUGACAUUAAACAAAGCAUGAACCAGAAAAAUGCAAUUUUUAGCCUUUACCUUAUGGGGUUGUUAUACUCUGGAGGAGAGGUAUUUAAGAGUGCAAAGGAGGUCGACUGGUUGAAAAGUUUCUAAACUGUAAAGCUCCUCAAAUUGUUGCCUACUUUCCAUGCAUCUGAAUGAUUAAGAAAAUAGUGAAUCCUAAUGCCAAUUGCGACCGAGAAAAACAGAGCACGCUGGAGAUACCGAGCCAGAAAAUUUUGUUCUUUGUGAAAUAGUGUCCAUUUUGUAAUGUAAAUCAUUUCCUCUCCCU